CUCGUUGUCUUUAAUUUCUCCUAAUCACUUACGAAUUCUCUCAUAUCUUGAAUUGAUUUUUUUACCAGGGAAUAAGGCAAAUUCUUUACGCUAAUGAAUUUGUUUAUCUAUCUUUCCAAAAUAGGUAAAUCAAACUACUUUAUGGAAUGAUAAGCAGGCCUCAUAAGAGUACUACCGUAGGAUUCUUUCUUGCAAUCCUUCUGGUUGCUGCAAUAACAGUUCAAUGGAUGGAUAUGUCUAUUCUCUCAGGAUCAUUGCAAAAAGAUUCUACCAAAAUAUUCCCUAAGAUAUCAUGCUCAACUAAAUGCCCACAAGGUUUACUUGUGCACAAUACUGAACAGAGGUCAGAAGCUAAAGAAUGCCCUGACUACUUCAAGUGGAUCCAUGAAGACCUACGGCCAUGGAAAGUGACAGGAAUUACAAGGGAAAUGAUAGAAAGGGCACAAGAAGUAGCACAUAUCAGAGUGAUUAUAUUGAAUGGAAUCAUGUAUGUGGAAAAGUAUAAACAAGCUUUCCAAACCAGGGACAUGGUCACAUUAUGGGGCAUUCAACAGCUUCUUGCAUUAUAUCCCGGUCGAAUCCCGGAUUUAGAUAUGAUGUUUGAGUGUGGUGACAAGCCUGUGAUAAAGAAGCAGGCCCACAACAUAUCGAAGCACGGUUCCGCUCCCCUACCGUUGUUUCAUUAUUGUAGUGAUGACUCGAGCUAUGACAUUGUGUUUCCUGAUUGGUCCUUCUGGGGCCAGAACUUAAAAUAAAGCCUUGGGAAAUAUUGAAGAAAGAGUUGCAAGAAAGCAAUGAGGAGACCAAGUGGGAGGAUAGAGAACCUUAUGCAUAUUGGAAAGGGAAUACAAAGCUAGGCAUUGCAAGGCGGGACCUUGUUAAAUGCAAUGCCUCUUCUAAGCAAGAUUAUAAUGCCCGGAUCUAUGAUAUGUCAUUUUCAGGACUGGCAUCAUGAGAAAACUCACGGAUUCAACACCUCAGAUUUAGUGAAACAAUGCACUCAUAGGUAUAAAAUUUAUGUUGAAGGAGUUUCAUGGUCAGUUAGUGAGAAGUAUAUUCUGGCAUGUGACUCCAUGAGUCUGAUCAUAAACCCUCGUUACUAUGAUUUCUUCACACGAAGCCUUGUGCCCACAGUCCAUUACUGGCCGAUAAAUGAAAGAGACAAAUGCAGAUCAACAAAGUUUGCAGUAGACUGGGGCAACUCACAUCCAAAAGAGGCACAAGAGAUUGGGAAAGAAGGAAGCCGGUACGUUCAAGAAAACC